AUGAAUAGAAAUGAAGAUACAAGAGGAUUUAUUCGAACUAAUUUCAAUCAACAAUUCAUCGUUUGGCCAACAAAGUAUGAUCCUCAAGCAUUACUUUUGCUUGUACUCGACCAAGCACUUGCCUAUGUCCGAAAACAAGAUCGAGUCGACGAAACAAAUCCAAACGUUUUGACAAUGUUUACCAAAACUUUGGCGAUUAUCGAUUGUAUAUCAACAUUGAUCCUCAUUCGUCCUGAAUAUUACGAUCGAUUUAAUGAUAUUCUAUUAAGAAUAGUCUAUCUUCUACCAGGCUUAUGUAAAAUGAAUGUCAUUCCAUCUCAUGUGUUAAUCGAAGCAUUUAAAACAAUGAAACAUGUUCAAAGUCUAACUAUUCUAUUUCUUGACUCGGACUUAUUUCCAUCAUUUGUCGAUAAAACUGCCAUCGUACCUAGCGAACUCGAUCCUUCCGCACGACUACCGGAACUUGAUAGUGCAUACUGGGGUCGAUUAGAAAUCUUGUGCAGUGAAAAUCAAUACGCCGAUGAAUGGAUCCCAGUUUUUCUUGCGUUACUUGAUGUAACAAGAGAAACUAUUCAUGUUUGUGAAACAACGGAACGUUUCCGUGCGAUUCUUUUCCAUAUACUUUUUUCUACCUUGUCCAAAUCAAUCAAAAUCAAACGAUGGUUGCCGAUUCGAGAGCAAUGUUUGAAAAUAAUCUGGAAAGUUAUCAUCCGAUGCUUAGCUUCAACAAUAAAACCAUCCAAUGAUAACGAAUCAAACAGAUCACCAAUCUUUAUUUUCGGUUGGUUACAACAUCCAUCUGUUAGUCAAGCAUUAAUUCAAUGUGCAAUGCCAUCUGACAAUGAUACUUCGUUGUCCGAUCCAACCAAUCGAGCAUCGUAUCAAUCCUGUUUACAAAAUGCGAUGUCAAUUAUUUCUUCAUUGAUUGAUUAUCAGGUCGAGAAUUUCAAUCACAAUUUACACUCAACAACUAAUCCAUUCGCAUCGAAGGUUCUAAUCAAAGUGUGCAUUGAUUUUCUACUUCAACAUAUCAACGACGUCAAAGCGCCAAUCUGCCUUCGAUGUUUGACAAGUUUAGCAAAAAUCACACCUGGACUUUCGAUCUUGUUAGAAACAAACAUUGAACGAUUUCGAACAUUUAUCAUACAGAACAUUAAAGAUCGAAAAUCUCCAGAUCUGACGAUGGCUAUUUUGGACUUUUUAAUCGUUUGUGUCAACUCUCAACCAGCAUUACUUGGAUAUCUAUGUGAUUUGAACACGUCCGCAACCGCUACGUUUGGUAAUUCAACAAUCUUACAGCCCAUUGUUGAAUUACUUCGAUGGAGUGCACAAAAUACUAGUGAGGUAGCUGCGACUGAUCUAUUUAUAUUAACUGUCACAUUCAUUACACAAUUCUGGGAACAACAUACUCAAUUACUUGUAGAUUACUUUGUUAAAAUAAAUGAUUUUUGGAAGAAUAUCUCUGCUCCGAUUACGAAUACAAGUGUAUCAAUAAAGUUAAUGGACACGGGAGACAAACGAGCUGUUUCCACAUCAUUUCGUUUACUAACUCAACAUCUAUUAAAUUACACAACAGAUCAAACAGGAAAUGAUUUUUACGACAUAUUGAAUCAAUUAAUUACCAAUAAUUGCCUUCUUCAUUGGAUAAAAGCUUGUCGAACAUUUUUUCAAUCAAACAUCGAAGACGAAGUGUUAAACGAACAAUCGUUAUCAUUUGCUUUCUUCUCUUCGAUCAUUUAUUUUACCAAAGCAUUACUUUGUUUGAACAAUGAUCGUAUUCGCAAGAUUCUUCCAGGUGGUGAAACAUGGCUCGAAGAAUUGGCAUCGAUUGUUCAACUCGUUCUCACUCGGAAUGAUUCGACAUGUAUGAAAAUCGCUGUGAUGUGUUUAAACUUAACAAUCAAUGCAAAUAUCAAAUGGAAAAAUGAGAAAGCUCAACCACCAUUAACUAUUCUACCGACUUAUAUUAAAUUGGCUACUUGUAUUCUCGCACCAGAAUAUGUUUCGAUCUAUGUGAAAUAUUGUUAUUUGGAUGCACUAGUUCUUUUAAUUCAGAUAUUUCUCGAGCAUACACCAGAUAUUGAUCAACAACAGGACGACUUAACCCGAUAUUCAACUGUGUUAAGUCAUCUACUAGAUUUCGUCGAUUAUUGCAAUGAUAUUAUCGAUGUACAUCCAUCGACCACACCUCAAUAUAAAUGUGCUGUCAAAGCACUUGUACAUACAUUUCAUCUCUUAUCGAUUUUUACAUCAAGAGAAGAAUCAAAGACCUUAUCUGUUAAUAUCAAACAGGAACGGACAGUCUCGAAUGUCAUCGAUCUAUUUCAUAAAGUUUCCCAAGAACGAGAUAAUUUUCGUGUUUGUUACACCAUCGUCAGUUUUCUAUAUGAUUUAACCAAAAAGGACGAUAGUGUUGAAUGGUUUCAUACAAUGAAUAUCAUUCCACGAACUCUACAUACAUUUCGGUUUAUAAUUCAACAACAAAUCAGUAGUGCAAACGAAGAUCCAACCUCUCAAACAAACUGGUCGAAAGUCAUUCGUCUAUAUCUUUUAUUGAAUAUCCGUUUGAUUCAUGAGGAAUCUGUUCAUGGAGAUAAUCGACAUUUUAACAAUGCGUCUGAUGUCUUUGCAGCAUGUAGUGAAUAUAUUGUUGAGAGUUUCCAUAAUGUAACAAGAGAGUUUUCAUUACCAUCAUUGGAUAACGCCGAUGUAUGCUGCCAAUUUUUUGCAUGUUUAACUCAAUUUUAUAACCAGUUAAUGAGUAAACAUCACAAAGAAGCGUCUAUUUGCAUUGCUGCAGUCAAUUAUCUUCUUCAUGAUUCGAUCAAUCUUCUCCUUCAUUCUGCUCUUGUACAUAACAUGUUAACAAAAAAAGUUCGUUGUGCAUAUCGAUCCGAAUUAGAAAAUCAAGAAAAUAUUGUUCCGGACUAUUCUCUCUCUCAAUCGACAAUUAUUGAUCAUUCUCAUUUGUCUCAACGUUCAUUGUUACGACCAAGCUCGGCACUCUUCAAUCAAUCAACAUCAUCUUCGCCUGCUAGUGUUCUUCCGGUAACACCCGGUGAGGGUACACCGAAACCACGUUUAGUUAAUGUUCGUCAACAAGUCGCAGCUGCCUCUGCCCAACCAGCAAGUUCUCAAACACCUGAAUUUGAACAAAUCCAAGUCGGAUUAUUGCGACUUCUAUGCACGUGCUGUUGGGCACUUCGUCCGUGUACAAUUCCAUUGAAUGAUUUGAACGAAUCGCUUCUCUAUAAACAAACCAUUGAUUAUGAUUCAUUCAAAUAUCUUGUCGAACCAUUAUUCAACACCCCAACAUUAGAACGACGAACAGCGCCGUCAUUUGGUACUUGGCUGACAGGUGCUCAAUAUAUUGUCACUCAAAUGGAGCGAUUCAGUCUAAUCAAAAGUAAUUCGCCACGACCAGCUCGCAUCAAGGAAAGCGACCUUGAACGAUUAGUACAACAUAGACCUUUUCUUGUGCUUGCACUUGAACAUCUACUCAGUUUAAUUCUUUCACAAGUACCAUUAUUCAUGCGAUCUACACUGUUAACCGAAACACAAAAAAACAUGAUGAAACAAACGUUAUCAUUAGAACUGGAUUACAUAUUUUCAAAUUUGAAUUUAACUGAACGGACAUCCAGUGCAAGUGGAGGCGGUAGUGAUCCGAAUUCUCAGCGAACAUCCGUCAAUGUUCCAACACCAGCGACCGUUGGUGGUCCAGGAAGUCACAAAUCACUUGUCAUGAGUGUUUCAAAUAUGUCUCAUCCAACUGGAUCUGUUACACGCGAAGCUUAUACACCAUUUUCUGUUGGCACAAAUGUCACCUGCUCUGGUGCAUCGGAGUAUAACAAUUCAACUUAUUUGAAAGAUGUGUGCACGUCGAUAUGGAAACUUUAUAAACGUAUCAUUCAGGUCGAUCCAGUUGUCUUUGUUAGUUAA